UGUGUGCGCUAAAUAAACCACAUUUAGUUUAUUGUAACUUAUUAAUAAGAAUAGGAAUUAUGAAGAAAGUUCAGGGAAAUGAUUCGUUUCAUCGUAUAAAUUACUUGUACCAAAUAAGUAAACAUAUAGUUAAAAUAAAUCCAGCCUUAUCUUCGUACUAUGGUAACCUAAUGAUAAAUGUUGCAAAGAAGAAUGUCUUGAAAAUGCAUCCAGACAUAAAAAGACAGAUCUGUAAGAAAUGCCGCUGCAUUUUGAUAUUCGGAGAGACGGCUAAAAUGAAGAUAAAGACUAAGAAUAAACAAAAGAUUGUAGAAUGGACCUGCAACACCUGUAGCACUAAGAAAUCUCUUCCAGCCUCUAAAGACAAGGACCCACUAUGGCUAGAAAGAGAUGAAGCUGUUAUUGAGGUUAAUUAAUUAAUUGUUUUAGUGUUAAGUUAGGAAUUUCUGUGU